AUGGCGUCUGCUCCUCCUCCUUGUGCUGCUCCAGCGGUUCCCCGCAUGAAGCUGGGCUCCCAGGGAAUGGAGGUCUCGGCGCAGGGCCUCCGCUGCAUGGGCAUGUCCGUCGCCUACGGCCCCCCCAAGCCCGACGCCGACAUGGUGGCCCUCAUCCACCACGCCGUCGCCGCUGGAGUCACCUUCCUCGACACCUCCGACGUCUACGGCCCGCACACCAACGAGACCCUCCUCGGCAAGGCGCUGCAGGGCGGCAGCGUGAGGGACAGGGUGGAUCUGGCCACCAAGUUCGGCGCCUUCCUUUCAGAGGAUGGGUGGAAUGUCCGCGGGGACCCGGCGUACGUGCGUGAGGCGUGCGAGGGCAGCCUCAAGCGGCUAGGCGUCGAUUGCAUCGAUCUCUACUGCCAGCACCGCGUCGACACCAGGGUGCCCAUCGAGGUCACGAUUGGUGAGCUCAAGAAACUAGUCCAAGAAGGAAAGAUAAAGUACAUCGGAUUAUCCGAAGCAUCUGCAUCAACAAUCAGAAGGGCUCAUGCCGUUCAUCCUAUCACUUCAGUUCAGAUCGAAUGGUCACUAUGGAGUAGGGACGUGGAAGAGGACAUAAUUCCAACUUGCAGGGAACUUGGAAUUGGAAUUGUAUGUUACAGCCCACUUGGUAGAGGGUUCUUCUCUGUAGGAUCGAAAUUGGCUGACUCACUAUCAGACGACGACUUCCGUAAGAUUUUACCUAGAUUUCAGCCAGAGAAUCUUGAGAAGAAUGCCCUGAUAUUUGAGAGUGUUAACGCCAUGGCAACAAGAAAAGGGUGCACACCAUCACAACUUGCAUUGGCAUGGGUUCAUCAUCAGGGGAGCGAUGUUUGCCCCAUACCUGGCACAACAAAAAUGGAGAAUUUCAAUCAGAAUGUGGGAGCACUGUCUGUGAAGCUCACACCAGAGGAGAUGGCCGAACUCGAGUCGUACGCUGCCACAGGUGAUGUCCAUGGUGACCGAUACCCUGAAAUGAUGAAUACUUGGAAGGAUUCUGAGACCCCUCCAUUGUCCUCUUGGAAAGUUGAGUGUUGA